AUGGCAUCUGCCGCCACCGCUCCUCGCCCUGCAGCGCCGCCGGUGGCCAUGCCAGCUCAACCCUCUUCGGCACAGCCGUCAACCUCAUCUUCUGUCGCGACCUCUGUCCAAACCGAGGACGAGGAGGAUCUCGAAGACUACCGUCCUGGUGGAUAUCACCCGAUUAACAUUGGUGACGACUUCAACAACGGUCGCUAUGUCAUUGUGCGCAAGCUUGGAUGGGGCCACUUCUCCACCGUCUGGCUGGCAAGAGAUAACACCACCAACCGACAUGUUGCCCUCAAGGUCGUAAAGUCCGAUGGCCACUACACCGAGACCGCGUUGGACGAGAUCCAGCUGCUCCAGCGAGUAACGACCUCGUCCGAGUCGCAUCCAGGCCGGUCCCAUGUCGUUGGAUUGGUUGACGACUUCCGUCACAACGGGCCUAACGGCUCACACGUCUGCAUGGUCUUCGAGGUCCUCGGCGAGAACCUCCUCGGCCUUAUCAAGCGAUAUCAGCACCGUGGCGUCCCAACCCACAUCGUUCGUCAAAUAGCCAAGCAGAUCUUACUCGGCCUCGACUACCUCCAUACGGAAUGUCGCAUCAUCCACACGGACCUCAAGCCGGAGAACGUCUUGAUCUGCAUCGAGGACGUCGAGUCUGUUGUCCAAGCCGAGUUGGCCUCAUGUCCGGCUGCUGUUCCUACCAAGUUAGUCGGCGUCCCACCCAGUCAGGGCCGUGCAGGUAAUCAGACGCCUCGCAAGGACUCAUUGUUCAUCGUCGGUUCGCAACCGCUACCCAGCCCCAGCUCCAGCUACUCGAGUAGCCCAAUGCUCGACAAGUACGGCUUUGGUAUGAGCAAGAUCUCUGGCGCGGGUGCUGUUGGCAAGAGUGCGCCUGCUGGCCCACCCCGUGCCAACAACACGACUGAUGCGAUUGGAGAUGGCCUCGGCAACGUCCAGAUUGCUGAGGGUGAGAGCAGCGACCUGACCUGGAGCAAGACGAAGCCUGCUACUCCGAAAGUACAGCACGGCCCGUCUUUGCUCUCGCAACAGAUAAACCAGUUGCCUGCCGAAUCGCCGCGCCCCGUCUCCCAGUCCAGUUCCAAUGCAACCGGCAGCAACAACACGCCAAACAACACGCCAAACAACGUUGACAAGGGCAAGGACAAGGCUCCUGCUGCUCCAACACCUCCAAUGCAAUCGGACUCGGCGGCCAAGUUUGCAGCGGCGGCCAAGCCCCAGCCAACGCCGGCUCGUCCAGACCCUGCACCGUCUGACACUGGCAGUUCGUCUGCUGGAGAACAGAACGCGCCCGUAGCAGGCGACCCCAACACCCUCCCACCACCGUUUCCCUACGAUCCCAAUAGCUUGAAACGCGUCACUGUUAAGAUUGCGGAUCUCGGCAACGCAUGUUGGGUCGACCACCACUUCACGAACGACAUCCAGACUCGCCAGUACCGCUGUCCCGAGAUCAUUCUGGGUACGAGAUGGGGCCCAAGCGUUGACAUCUGGAGUGCUGCGUGUUUGAUCUUUGAAUUGCUCACCGGCGAUUACCUGUUCGACCCGCAACCUGGCACCAAGUACGAUAAGGACGACGACCAUGUUGCGCAAAUUAUGGAACUGCUCGGCGAGAUGCCCAAGUCGCUCGCACUUUCGGGCAAGUACUCGCGCGACAUGUUCCACACUCGUGGCGAUCUUCGACACAUCCAGCGCCUCCGCUUCUGGCCGCUCUUGUCGGUGUUAAAGGAAAAGUACUUGAUGGAGGCCGAGGAGGCCGAGCUCCUCACCUCGUUCAUCUUGCCUAUGCUCCACUACUAUCCAGACAGUCGCGCACCUGCGUCCGAGCUCGUCAAGCACGAGUGGCUCAAGGGUGUCGUCGUUGAGGGCGAUCUCCAGAUGGCUCGCCGCAACCACGAGCGCGAGGUCGAGCGUCUGCGGGCACUCGACCCCACCCGCGAGCCAGUUCCCUUCCAAGAGGUGAUGGGCCUCGGCCCACCCGUCGCAGGUAUGGUCGGCAUGGGCCGUAUCUGA